GCCCGCGCCCGGCGGCCUGACCUCCCGAACGCUGGGCCAGUGACGUCACCCCGCCGUGACGCGCACGCUGUAGGAAAACUAAUUAAUUAAAAGGAUUUAUGGUAUAUCUUAUGACUCUACAGGAGCCUUGGGAUGUAGGUAAAAAAUGAAUGUCAUUUCCCAUCCAGUACUGAAGUGUUAAAGUUAGAAGACAUUUGCUAAGUCAAAUCACUUCAGGUGUGUUGAAGAAAGUACGCACAUCUUAUCUUCUGAACAUUUUGAUGGAAUUAACCACAAACUUCAUGCAAGAACAGUAAAAGGAAAGAUACUAUUCAAGUCCAGUACAUCAUAAUGCAGAAUUCUUUAUCAGUACCACCAAAAGAUGAAGAUCCAAUCCUUUGAUGGCAAUGGAGGAGGAGGAGGAGGACAUACAUUGCACAAUCUCCAAAUAUCCAUCAGCCUUUCUGGAUUUCUGAGUCCUAUGGAUAGUGAAUCAAACAUCCCUUCUGGAACAAUACAGAGUAGGAAAGGUUUGCAGAAUAAGAGUCAGUUUAGGACCAUUGCACCAAAAAUUGUGCCCAAAUUCCUAACGUCCAGAAUGCUGCCAUGUCAUUCACCGUCACGCUCUGAUCAGGUGAAUCUGGGACCCUCCAUCAACUCCAAGCCGCUGGGGAUGUCCACCCAGAACUAUGCUCUGAUGCAGGUUGCUGGCCAGGAGGGGACAUUUUCUCUUGUUGCUCUGCCACAUGUUGCCUCAGCUCAGCCAAUUCAGAAACCUAGAAUGUCCCUACCUGAAAAUCUGAAACUUCCUAUUCCUCGAUAUCAACCCCCUAGAAAUAGCAAAGGAUCAAGAAAGAAACCCAUGCUGAUCUUUCCUAAGAGUGGCUGUAGCAAGGCUCCUGCCCAAACCCAAAUGUGUCCUCAGAUGUCCCCUUCCCCAUCUCACCACCCUGAACUCCUGUACAAACCCAGUCCAUUUGAGGAAGUGCCAUCACUAGAGCAAGCCCCAGCCAGCAUUAGCACAGCUGCGCUGACCAAUGGAAGUGACCAUGGGGACUUGAGACCACCAGUGACCAACACCCAUGGCAGUCUGAACCCUCCUGCCACCCCAGCAUCAUCCACACCAGAGGAGCCUGCCGAGCAGGACCUCACAAAUCUUUCAGGGAAAGCACACUUUGUAAGCAAGAUAACAUCUAGUAAACCUUCUGCUGUUGCCAGUGAAAAAUUUAAAGAACAAGUUGAUCUUGCAAAAACCAUGACCAGUUUAUCACCAACCAUUCUUGGCAAUGCAGUUCAGUUGAUCUCUUCAGUCCCCAGAGGGAAACUGCCAAUCCCACCCUACUCAAGAAUGAAGGCAAUGGAGGUUUACAAAAUCAAAUCAGAUGCUAACAUUGCAGGUUUUUCUUUACCAGGACCUAAGGCCGACUGUGAUAAGAUAUCCUCCACCACAGAAGGAUUUAAUGCAGCCACCAAGGUGGCAAGCAAGCUACCUGUUCCACAAGUGUCACCGCAGAGUCCCUGUGAAAGUGCCUUUUGUCCACCCACCAAACUUGAUCUCAACCACAAAACAAAACUGAACAGUGGAGCAGCAAAGAGAAAAGGAAGAAAACGGAAGGUACCAGAUGAAAUUUUGGCGUUUCAGGGAAAAAGGAGGAAAUGUAUCAUUAAUAAGUGUAGAGAUGGUAAAGAAAGAGUAAAAAAUGAUCCCCAAGAAUUCAGAGACCAAAAGCUGGGGACCUUGAAAAAAUAUCGUAGCAUUAUGCCCAAACCUGUCAUGGUCAUACCCACUUUGGCCCCCCUGCCUUCUCCAACUACACUACAGUCCCAGAUGCUUGGGGGCCUAGGACAGGAUGUUUUGUUACAUAAUUCACUCACUCCUAAAUAUCUUGGCUGUAAGCAAGACAACAGCUCUUCCCCUAAGCCCAGCUCCAUGUUCAGAAAUGGAUUCUCUGGCAUUAAGAAGCCUUGGCACAGAUGUCACGUCUGCAACCACCACUUCCAGUUCAAACAGCACCUUCGAGACCACAUGAAUACACACACCAACAGACGCCCUUAUAGUUGUCGGGUUUGUCGCAAGUCCUACGUACGUCCUGGCAGCCUGAGCACACACAUGAAACUUCAUCAUGGUGAGAACCGUCUGAAGAAACUCAUGUGUUGUGAGUUUUGUGCAAAAGUGUUUGGCCAUGUCCGCGUCUAUUUCGGCCAUCUGAAAGAAGUGCAUAGAGUUGUGAUCAGCACUGAGCCCGCGCCCGGUGAACUGCAGCCAGGAGACAUACCAAAGAACAGAGACAUGAGUGUGCGAGGCAUGGAGGGAUCAUUGGAAAGGGAAAACAAGUCCAACCUGGAAGAAGACUUCCUUCUAAACCAGGCAGACGAAGUCAAAUUACAAAUCAAAUGUGGUCGUUGUCAGAUUACUGCUCAGUCUUUUGCGGAAAUAAAAUUUCAUUUACUUUAUGUUCACGGAGAGGAAAUUCAGGGCAGGCUACAAGAAGGGACCUUCCCAGGAAGCAAGGGGACUCAGGAAGAGUUGGUGCAGCACGCUAGCCCCGACUGGAAAAGGCAUCCUGAGAGAGGGAAGCCGGAGAAGCUUCAUUCCUCCUCCGAGGAAUCACACGCAUGCCCGAGACUGAAAAGGCAGCUCCACCUUCAUCAUCAGAAUGGCGUGGAAAUGCUCAUGGAAAAUGAAGGACCCCAGUCAGGAACCAACAAGUCAAGGGAAACCUGCCAGGGCCCUGAGUGUCCCGGCCUCCACACGGUUCUCUUGUGGUCCCGUUCAGGCUUUAACUGCCUGCUUUGUGCAGAGAUGCUGGGACGGAAAGAGGACCUCCUCCACCACUGGAAGCACCAGCAUAACUGUGAGGACCCUUCCAAACUGUGGGCUAUUUUAAAUACAGUCUCCAACCAGGGAGUGAUCGAACUUUCCAGUGAAGCUGAGAAAUGAGACCCCAGGGCAGACCGGGGUUAAGGAGAGAGCUCUGCUGCCACCUUCUUUCAGAGCUUCGUGCUUUAUGGUGGUGCUUAGUCACAAAGAUCAAACAACAGGAUUGGUGUGAGUGAACAGAAAUGAUUUUUGUACAUGGUUUUAUUUUCUUACGAAAUAUAUGUUCUCAAAGCAUAUUUUUCUAA